AUGUGGUCCUACCUUGACGGAUACAAUGUGUCGAUCCUGGCCAUUCCAGCCUACUUCAUGCUCUGCGUCUUGCCGCGUGCUUUGGCCAUUGUCAUUGCUGCUCGAGGCAGACUGCCCACCUGGGACACGUCCAACACGCACUCCAGCGAUGUGAGAGCGCAGUUGAAGCAGCGGAUGCCAGCAGAGACGUACACCAUGUACGAGAGGAUGACUGCGUGCUAUGACGGUGGAAUGGAGCAUCUCGCGCUGUUCAUUGGAGCGGUUAUCUCGGGCAACAUGGCUGGGCUGCAGCACGGGGACCUCUACGUGUUUGUGUCGUGGUUCCUCGCUGUUCGUGUUGCGCACAUGGUGAUUUGCAUGACUGCGUCGCCCCGGGCCGCCGUGGCCAUUGGCAGUGUGCUGUGGAUUGGGCAAUUCUGGCUGUGCCUCGGUAUCCUGGUCCGUUCCGCCCAAGCCAUGGGUGCCGAGGAAUGA